UACGUUUCAAUCAUGGUCGACGAUGUUCCACCGAUUAUAAAUAUUGCCAUCGCUCUAAAAAUUCAACCGAAUGAUGGACCGGUGUUUUUCAAGGUGGAUGGGACCAGAUUCGGCCAGAGCAGGACAAUAAAAUUGCUUACAGGAUCGAAGUAUAAGGUUGAGGUGGUUAUGAAGCCGGGAAAUGCUGAUGCCACCACCAUGAACAUCGGAGGUAUCACCAUCCCUCUAGAGCAGCAGUCCAAAGAUGAGGAGUCAGUGGUGUACCAUGGACAGUACGACACAGAGGGAGUGCCUCACACCAAGAGUGGGGACAGGCAACCUGUCCAAGUCAGCAUAGAGUUUGGAAAGGCUGGCCAAUUCGAGACAAUAUGGCAGGUAAAGUACUAUAACUACUACAAGCGAGACCAAUGCCAGUUUGGGAACAAAUUCACCAAUAUCGAGUAUGAAUGCAAGCCCAAUGAGACGCGCAGCCUGAUGUGGAUUAACAAAGAGGUGUUCAAUUGAGGAGCACCAAUCAACUCCUCCUUCCAAUGCCCCAGUAACGGAAGAAAAACAAGCAGAGGAGAUGAGUUGCACACGAUAACUAUUUUACCAUCAACUUAAGAGGAAAAAGACUUACCGUAGGCAUGCGUUUCAAGUCACUGAGCACCAUAAUUGUCUGUUUUAGAGAGAGGGGGGCAGUUAUCUACCAGCUGAUCUCGGGGGUUGUUCUUAAUUGGUUUUAAUCAAGAAACAUAGUCAGGUUAUUAUCAGCAAUAUCAUUGGGAAUCACAGCUAUACAACAUCCGCUGUGUUGACUCUCAGCUCUGGCCACACGAGCUGAAGCUGUGGCCCUCCUGGACCAGGAUUGAAGACAGCUGCGGGUGGAAAUGUAUCUAACCUGACUUAUUACCUGUGAAGUGUGUGUGAUGUGAGUUGUAUGAAUAAACUGACAUUAUAUUUGUGUUAUCCUAUGUGUUAGUUCUAGUGUUGUUUAAGCCUUUGAACAUCUGUUUACUUCUGAACAGCACAAUUGUGAUUAGCCUAUAAAGGGGAGAGAGGUUUUUUUUGUUAUAACUUCUAUAUUAUUUUAUGGAGAUAUUCAUAUUCUAUAGUCUAUUAAGUGCUUCUACUCUUGUUAUGUUGUGGGUCACUAUCAUUGUUUUGUCUCAGUUUUGUCUGUAAAUGCAUGGCUGAAUAAUCCUAUGCCUAAAGGUUUUGUUCUUCAGAUGCAAAAUUAUAUCAGAUUGCCUAAACUGUUAAGUUCUGUUAUAAAUGUAAUUGAAAAGUGUGGAAGUAAAUAAACCCAUACCAGUU